AUGGAUGCCGUUGAGAGGCGUAUAAUUUCUACUGUUUCAUUUAUUUGUCUUUGUCUCUCUUUCUGUCUUUGUCUCUCUUUCUGUCUUUGUCUCUCUUUCUGUCUUUGUCUCUCUUUCUGUCUUUGUCUCUCUUUCUGUCUUUGUCUCUCUUUCUGUCUUUGUCUCUCUUUCUGUCUUUGUCUCUCUUUCUGUCUUUGUCUCUCUUUCUGUCGUCGUCUCUCUUUCUGUCGUCGUCUCUCUUUCUUUCUUUUUACAUAUACAGAGCUGUGCCAUGCUGUUAAAGAUCCCAAUGUUGGACAUGCAGCCAAAAGUUCUGCUGAUAAUGUAAUCAGAAGGGGGUCCAAGUCCUUCUGUUGUGGAAGGGGGGAGAGUGCAAAAAUGAAUAUACCUCAUCGAAUCCUGACUCCCGAAGACCACAAUAAAACCAUAACAAAAACAUUGGAAAGUGACAGCAGUGGCGACUACAACACUCCGCAGUCUUCUUUUGCCGAUGGUGUUAGUCAUGGGAGUCAGGAGUCUUUGGAGAAACGAUCCAGUCUGACUCGUAUGAAAAGUUAUGAUGCUGUUGUCUUCGAUGUUUUACGGGUUUCGCCGGAAGAUUUUGCAAGUCAAAUAACAUUAAUGGAUUUGCCUGUGUUCCAGGCUAUUCAACCAGAUGAGCUGACCUCUUGUGCUUGGACAACAAAGGAGAAACUGAUCAAAGCCCCAAAUGUGGUGGCAUUCACUCGAAGAUUCAAUCAUGUGAAUUUCUGGGUACAAAGGGAGAUUCUCAGCUGCCAAACAUUAAAGACAAGAGCAGAAGCAUUAGCUCAUUUUAUCAAAAUAGCCAAGAAAUUACUAGAUUUGAAUAAUUUGCAUGCAGUCAUGGCAGUUAUUUCUGCCCUCCAAAGUGCAGCCAUUUUCAGAUUAUCUAAGACAUGGAUGAUGCUGUCCAAAAAGGACAAAUCUUCCUAUGAAAAAAUUGCAGAUCUGUUUUCGGAGAACAACAAUCGACAAAAAUUAAGGGAUUAUAUGGAUCAUGUCAAAUUACCAUGCAUCCCUUAUUUGGGUCUCUAUUUGACAGAUUUGAUCUAUAUUGAUGUUGCUCACCCUCACUCUGGUGGCUUGGAGAGUCAGCCACGACGGAUACAAAUGAACAACAUCCUCAGAGUCAUAGCAGACUUCCAACAGUCUAAAUAUGUCUUUGGAUAUUCUCCAAAUCAUCUGUUAGUUCUUGAACAUGUCCAGAAUUACCUCAAAUCUGUUCGAUACAUAGAAGAAUUACAGAAAUUUGUUGAGGACGACAAUUAUAAACUGUCUCUCAAACUGGAGCCCCCUAGUCAAGGACAAUCACCAUUGUCCUCUUCUCGUGAAGAUGUGUCAGCCUUGCCUCCCUCACCUGCUACUGAACCCCGUUCUGUCAAUGUCCUCAGUCCUGGUGCUGCUCCCCCAAUAAAAUUCAACCCAGGACACCGAAAAUGCAAGAGCUUAGGAGCCAAUGUUCAAUUGACGCCUCAUAGCUCCUAUUUGUGUUACAGCUUCAUGAGCUGUACCCAUCCUCAUGAGAAGGCCUACAGCCUUCCCUCCCGCACAACUGCACCAUACGUCCAAGGCAUUCGACACCUCCUUGAUGACAGCGUUUUGGAGGAGUCUCCGUGUGCUUCAAGUGAAGGUUCCAUGUCGGGUAAGACACCGAUUUACGAACGAGAUUACCCUGAAUCAUGUACAAUAGAACCUGAAUCAUUUUGGUUACCCACAGAAAGGACUCGUGGUUCAGAAGAUGUUCAUGAUACAUUUGAAACAAAUUUUACAUACGAAGGGUGCUUACGACGUAAGACGUUGCUCAAAGAAGGAAAGAAACCUACAGUAAGUGUCUCUCCCCAACCUACGUUAUCCCGCUCUGUCUCCCCAACCUACGGUAUCACUCUCUCUGUCUCCCCAACCUACGGUAUCACUCUCUCUGUCUCCCCAACCUACGUUAUCACUCUCUCUGUCUCCCCAACCUACGUUAUCACUCUCUCUGUCUCCCCAACCUACGGUAUCACUCUCUCUGUCUCCCCAACCUACGGUAUCACUCUCUCUGUCUCCCCAACACGUAUCCUCUCUGUAUCCCCAACCCUCUCUGUCUCCCCAACCUACGGUAUCAACCUACACUAUCCGUCUCUCUCUCUCUCGCAACCUACAGUAAGUUUCCGUCUCUCUCUCUCUCUCUCUCUCCCUUCAACCUACCUUAAUUGUCCGUCUCUCUCUCUCUCUCUCCCUUCAACCCUACCUUAA